AUGUCAACCAGUCUGGAGGAGGAAUUUAAUCCACAAGAAGCAGAAGAGCUUGCACAUGCUCUUGCAGGUGCUGGUGGUGGUGCCUUGUCGAUGGCGUUAACGUACCCUUUAGUCACUAUAUCGACAAAACUUCAAGCAGAGGCAAAGAGUGAAAAAGAAGAGAAAAGAAGUCCAUGGAGGGUGAUCGAGGAUAUUUGGCAGAAGGAGGGACUAGCCGGCUAUUACUCCGGUUUGGAGAGUGCCAUUUAUGGGAUGGCAGUGGCUAAUUUCAUAUACUAUUAUUUUUAUGAAUCAACUGGGAGAUCGAUUCAGAGAUUACGCCGUAAGACGCAGCUGAAUGCUCUUGAGUCUAUAGUCACUGGGGCGAUCGCCGGAUCCGCAACCGCCAUUGCUUCGAAUCCAAUAUGGGUCGCUAAUACUAGGAUGACUAUAACGAAAUCGGAGAAGAGUACAUUAGCAAUGAUGUUACAAAUUGUCAAAGAUGAUGGUGUUUUGGCACUUUUCAAAGGAUUGAAACCAGCUUUAAUCCUGGUAACAAAUCCCAUAAUCCAGUAUACCGUCUUUGAACAGCUGAAGAACAUGAUUUUAGGGCUUCAAGGCAAUCAAAAUGCUAUCUUAGCUCCCAGUUGGGCAUUUCUACUAGGUGCCGUUGGUAAGCUCAUUGCCACUGGAGUAACUUAUCCAUACAUUACUUUGAAGACGAGAAAGCACAUGGAAGGUGAUAAGAACUUAAAGACAAAGGCAGAAACUGCUGGAAAGAGUGAGGCAAAAGUGAGUGCCAUUGAAAUCAUCAAGAAAGAAGGAAUCUCGGGUCUUUAUCGUGGUAUCGGGUAUAAACUCGUUCAAAGUAUCCUAACCGCUGCGUUCUUGUUCUAUUUCAAAGAAGGUCUUGUGUUGUGGGCCAUUAAAGCUUUAAGACUUCUACGUCAAUUCAAUCAGAGCUCUUUGAGACAGCGCAGGAUCAUUGUUUCAAAACUCGGUUAA